AGUGGUGUUAUUUCCCACAGUCCUGAACGCACCACAGUCCUGAACGCACCACAGUCUGCCGGGCAAGGACACACGGGCUGGAAUGACAUUUGUGUGAGUUAGCUAAGUACUGGUUAGAGCUGGUUAUCCGCUCACAGUGAGGUUAACCAGCUGCUCAGUGAUGAACAGGACCUGACCCGAGGAGCUCAACGGCCUCUCUGACUCAGCGGUGUCUUUUGUUUCAGGUAACUAUACCUGCAGGGACGGUUUAACGUCAAGCCGGUGUUAGCUGCUAUACAACUAGCCUAGCGUGCUAGCAGCUACCAUUUAUACACACGGCAGCAGCUAGCAUGCUAAUAGCUAAAGUCAGCGUUUAAGGAGAGUCGGUUCAGUGUUUGGACUAAACAAAUCAAUAUUAUUAUGAAUAUUUUCAGUAAAUUUCCACCUUAAUAAUGCUUAAAUAUCUGUCUUUAGAACCAAUUGUGUUAAUUAAAUGAAGAUAAUAAGGCAGGAACAUGGAGUCACAAAUCUAGUUAAUUGCUAACAUGAAAAUAUCGCAGGUGUUAAAAUGUAUUUACAUUAAAACUACAUCACAGCAGAGAGACAACUUUAAAAUUUCAUAAAUUUUGUUUUAAAGAUGUUUGCAGCAUAGAAAAAGAAACGUUAUCUCUGAGGAUUAAAACAAAAAAUUAAAGUAAAUUGUUGAUUUUUGCACAUUUAUCAUGUAUUUGUCAGACAGUGCAGGAGUUUGUAUUUCUGAUGGUCCUCUAGCCCUCACCUGUCUGAUCAAAUAGGGUCAACAUUAUCAAAUUAAUUGAUCAAAUUAAAAUCUUUUUUCAUUUAAAUACAAACAAAGCUGGAAUCAAUCUGCAGAUGGAGCAUUAACUGAUCUACACAAUCUUCGCACACCCAUUGACUGUAACCCCCCACUAACUUUAAAAAAUGGAGCUGCACAGAAAAAUAAGAGGACUUUAGCACAAACCAGUCUAGCAAUAACUACAUGUCAACAAUAACCAGAGGGGAGAAAAUUUUAUGACUUGUAUUUAAUUUUCAAAGUUUGUCCACAACUCCAUUCGUUUCGCUGAAGGAGGCAGGGUUUAUGACCUAUACUGCAACCAGUCACCAGGGGGUGCUGUUCUCACUGAGGCUUCACUCAGACAGGAUGCAUAUUACAUCCAUUCAAUAUACAGUCUGCAGGUUGGGCCUGUGCCACCCUUAAACGCCCCAUGGACACAGCCCUGGUCUAAUGAGAUAAAUAACAGCAUUAAUGUUUGAACAAAAAGUGUCUUAAACCUGAAUUUAUCUCAGUAGAAUAGUGAAUUAUUAACAGCUUCUCUCUGCAUGUAUAGCUGACCUGAUAGAUAGAGGUCUGGCUGUAACACCCAUUCUUUUACAGUGUUCGCACAGACACAUGUUAUCUAUUCAGCUGUCAGAUAAGAUCAGUAAUUUAGUGAUGAAAACCCUGAUUUUGAAUGCAUGUUGGAUUCAGUGGAAACAUGUUACAAACUCAGAUAUUGUGUAAAACAUUAUUUUAGCUAACCAAAGUUAAUUUACCACAUUUCAUAUUGAUAUCACUAUAUGGAUCAGCAAUGUUGCACACCCUGUUCCCCUUUCAUGCAGGUUUAGAGUCAGGUCAACGCUGUAGUCAAGACAGGGCUAAAAAUAUAGAUUUAAUUUUGUUGGAGGAAAAAAGACUUAUAAUCGUGAAUUAUAAAAAACACAACAUUUAAUAGUGAAUUCUAUAUGUGUUGAUAUAAAAACACUGAACUUGGCUGGAUGAAUUUCAUGCAGAGCUCGCUGGAGGGAACACAAGAGGAGCUGGAAAAUGUUGCUGGGUUGAGGGAGGUCUGGGUCAACUUGCUGAGACUGCUGCCCUUAAGAGCAGACCCUGAACCUGAUCCUGAAUGGACAGAUGGAAUUUCAUGCAUACUUAUGAUAUUGUAGUGAAUGUUAAAGAGAAAGAGAGAAACAGAACAUAUCGUAACAUAGUUUUUUUUUUCCUGUUAAAUAAUGGAGCCCUGAUGUAUAAUUAAAAAUCUAAACUCUGAUAGUAAACUGUCACCAUCGCCUCCUGCUUUAUGAGCAGGUCAUUUAUUCCUGACCAUCAGUCCAGAGGAGGACGUAUGCAGGACAGAUUUUAAAGAUGCAGCUGAGCAGACUGUAUGACCCCUGUUUGCAUCAUAUAAACCAAUGAGGAGUAUUUAUUCAUGUCAUCUUUUACACGCUUGUCAGUCACUGUGUAAGUUUCUGUGUGUAAAAUAUGAGUGUUUGUUACAAAAUGAGGACUUUAAAAGUUACUGCAGUUUGUUUUCACUUGUUAGAUCAGUCGCUGUUAUCAACCCCAAAGAAUUUAUAUAUGUGUUAGACCGUCUGUAGGUAGUCUGUAUGUCAGUGUGUCUUAUAUAUAUAACACAGUCUAAGUGUGUGUGUGUUUGUGUGUGUAUAUAUAUAUAUAUAUAUAACCGUGUGUGUCUGUGUGGCUGGUCAGCUGUCUCCAUGCUGUCUGAUUAUGAGCGUGUGGUCGGCUGCAGGUCAUGUGCUGCUGGCAGACAGACUCCCAGAAAUCCUUUGGUGCUCAAGUUUCCUUCAACGACACUGAACAUGAUAAUACUGGCAAGAUGUUUAUUCUCUGUUUGAAGCUGCACAUUCACAUCUCACACUAACCACUGAUCACAGGUCGGUUUCUAAUUCAGGACUUUAAAGGGUUAUGAAAAAAGGUGGAUGAAUAGCUACUGUUUGAAGCUAAACCAUGUCAGAAAGAACACACUCGAUUAAUGUGAUUUCAGGUCUCAUUUAGAGUCUAAGGUCUUUGGUUUCUAGCAUCUUAUCCCACAAAACUGCCACACCGAAGAGUUACUACACAGAGCUACCUUUCACCCGGUGUGGAAACGGGCGGGCAUGUUGAAGUGAAACUCAUCUUGUGAUUGGAUGAACCACAUGUCCAUGGCACCAAUCACAGUUUCUAUUUAACCAAUCAGAACAAUAAGCCAUAAAAUACAACAGGAUUUCAACAUGUAUCUCUUUAGGAGUUGACAUUAGCUGGUGCAGGUACAUGAGUAACUGAGUAUCAACACAACCCUUUAUGGAGGAUUUUCUUCAUCUUGUGACCUUAAGAAGAGUAUUAAAUGACUGAAAACCCUCACAAAUGUCCUUGUGUUCUCACCUCUGACUAAGCCCUGCCUCCUUCCUCUCUGUUGAUCCAGGUGUGUCCAGGUCUGGCUGCUGUCUUUGAGGAUUGUCCAGACUUCAGGUCCUGAGUUGUCGGUGUGUUACCUGCCGUGCCCUUCUGUGGAUGAUGCUCAGCUGGUGACUGGGGUCGCCUCUGCCCCUGAGCUGAAUGGCUGUGAGCAGAGGUGGUGUAGCCUUCUGGGUGGGUUGUGUCAGACGAACACCCAUCGGCAGACAGAGCUGGAGUCUGAGCCAGGUAACCACGUCUCCUCAGGUAACAGAGAGCACAAACAUAUACAGUAAAGUAAAAAAAAAAUUCACAGAGUCUGUUUUAUUUCCUGCAGUCAGCAGAAUGGUGGUGGGCCUGUCAGUCCCGCCCCCUGAGCAGUGCAUCAUGGGCCCUUUCGCCUCCAAACAGCCUGAGGUACCAGAGGAAUAAGCAGCCGCUACUGUCCCACCCCUUCCACCAUGCCAGCCAGCCUCAGAGGGGCGGGUACUGGGAGGAGAGCUGGGAGGAGUCUCUCAGCGUUUGUGUCCUGGUGCAAAAUGGCGAGUUUGAUGGCACGCAUGACCUGCUGGAGCUUCCUCUGUCCAAUCGGAGCAAGCCAGGAGAGCUCCUGUCUGAGUUCUCCUUCCCCCUGACCACGGUGGAUGGCCGUAGGGAGGACGACAUCAGCGUGGACAGUUUCAAGAGAGAGGACGCCGUUAGCGUGGACUGUUUGAGAAACAGCGCUGAUGCCUCAGCGAGAGAGCACGGAUGUUUCAGAAGUCUGUUUGAAGCUGAGAGAUGCCCUGCUCCCUUCAUGUACGGAUCCCACUUUUACUGUUUUCACUGUCCGGGUACAGAGUCGGGAAAAGAGCCAGGUUCAGGUACAGAAACGGGUACAGAGCCAAGACUUGGUAGCAGCUUGAAAUCUAGACUGGAUACUGGACUUUAUGAGCCUGUGGAGGUGCCUCUGCUGCCUCCGACCUCUCUGUGCAGCUUUGCGGCGAAAGCAGAGGGGGAGGUGAACCUGCCUGGAGACCGGGAGGGAGAGGAGAAACUGGCCCUGAUGUAUGAGCGGCUGAGGAUAGAGGUAAGGACACGACAGAGAGAUACACAAGGCAGGGCCUGCUUUUGCAGACUCUAGGUACAAUGAGCAGGUCUGCAUUUGUUUGAUAGGAGUAACAGUAUUACAAGCUCUCUAAGAUAUAAAAAGGAACUACAGUAAUCUAACUUUGAGCUGAAGAAUGCAUGCACUAGUUUUUCUUGGUUUGAAGACAGGAUGUGUCUGAUUUUUUAAUAUACAGAAAAAAAGACAGUUCUGGAAAUUUGUUGGAUGUGGGAGUUAAAGGAUAUCACAGUUUCUAAACAGUGGCACUGGAUGCCAGACUGAUUUCGUCUACUGCAGUUAUAUCAUUAGAAAAUGUCUCUCUAAGGAGUUUGGGUCCAGGAACAGUAACUUUGGUUCAAGUAAAAUUCAUCUGUUGGUUUCUCUUGGCUUCAGUGAAAGGUUUAACUGAGUGUCAUCUGCAUAGCAGUGAAAUUUGAGGAAUGUUACCUGAAGGAAGGCCUAUAUAAAGGUGAAAAGAACUGGUCCUAGCACUGAACCCUGCAGAACCCCAUAAAUGACCUUGGUAUGCACUAAAGAAUUUUCAUGAACAUGAACAAACUGAUAAAAAUCUGACAAGUCUGAUUUAAACUAAACUAAAGCAGUUCAUUUAAAUUCUAUUUGUAGUUCAAGAUCUGAUGAUGGUCAAUCGAAUCAAAGCAGCAUCACAAUCUAACAAAACAAGUACAGAGAGAAGACCACCGCCUGUGACAAUCAGUAGGUCAUUAUUCCCCCUCAGUGGACUCUAAAUUUUGACUUCUACCUAACUGCAGCUCCUAAACAGUUUUACUGGAUGAAAUCUUCUUCUGAAAUACCGUUUUUGCAGUUAGAAAAUGUCUCUUAAAGAUGUUUGGGACCAGGAACAGUAACAUCAAUCUGACUGAGUCCAGCUGUGAAAAACAUCUGGACCCUGUUUGCUGUAAUGAUGCAGUUACUCUGCAGUGAGCUCUACUGUUUGUUUUCAGCUCCCUGGUUUCUUCAUGAAGACCCAUGACUACAGCAUGUACUCCAAAGACCUGGAAUUCGUCAAUGGCUUCCUCAAUACCAAGACCAGGUGAGGUAUACCCACACACAACUUUUUUGUAAAACAUCUACAACGGAGGAUCACAAAGUGUUAAAAUCAUGUUAAUUCGUCUCUCUCUUCUUCGAUCUCAGAGGUCUGGUGAUGUACCAGCUGACCCUCUCGCUGUGGCGCGUCCUGUGUAUGUGUUACUAUACCAACGCUCAACUGGAGGUGCUGAAGCUGACCAAACACCCGGAGGACAAGACUAUCAAGGCCCGCUGGAGGAUCAGAGGACUCCCCUUCCACACCCUGCUGCUGCGCUUCUACCGUAAAGACAAGUCUCACCUGUACAGGUACCUGUCCUGUCCGAGUAGACUAAUGACUCAGUCCUCAUUGUCUCAUCUGUGUUUUAUGCACAGCGGUUUAUUGAGCGCGUUGUAAUCCACCUAUGUGAUGUGUUGCAGGUCAUUUGAUGCAUUCUCCACCUUCUACAUCGGACAGGAUGGACUCAUUCACUGUCACAAAGUGGAAAAGGUGAGAAGAUGUCUGUUCUUACCUUCCUGUACCUGCUGAUCCUCUUGUGGUGUCUGCAGGGAUAUAUUCAGAGACAAAGACGCUCACAGACUGUGUAGCUCCUCCUUAUUUGGUUUCCUAAAGCCUCAAGUUUCCUUAUUUGGACAAAAGGGUGGAGCUGGGGAGGAGCCGGGGAAACCCUUGCUUCCUUCAGCUCCCCUUUCUUGUCCAGGUGUGGUCCACUCUUCUCCAGCUCCACCUUCUUGACUGAUAGACAACAAAGUUUGAGAAGGAAGUGAGUUAGGAAGAACGUCUGAAUCUCCGACAUGUGCUUCAGCAGUUACCUCAGGAGAGGCUCUUCCAUUCUCUUUAACCCCUCCCUCCUCCUCUCUAGAUGAUGCCGGCUUCGCCCCCUGUCCUCCCCCGGAUUGGCUCUCUCCUGGCGGGGGCUCUGGUGGCUUUGGGGGUCCAGGAACAUCGGCCAGCUCUGAACCUGCUGCCUCUCCUGCUGUCCUCCCUGAAACAGAGCCGAGAUUAACCUCAGGCCUGGUAACGACCUUAGGUCCAGCAGCAGACAUAUUUGUUACCAUGGGAACAGGCUAACAGGAAGCUAACACAAAGAUGACAGAGCGCCUCCUGUCUGAGAACAUGGAGUAUUCCAUCUAAUAAAGAGUCAGUUCACCAGGAGUUAACAGUUAAAUGUUAGUGUGGAUUAGCCCCAGGUCAGAGGUCAGCUGUUUGUUUCAGAGUCUGUCAGUCCAUCAGGAGGUUCACUAUAAAUGUAAAGAUGAUGUCCUGUAAUGAAGAAACGAGGUCAUGUGUUUAAAUAUUCUCCCCCUACAGGUCUGGCAGGUCCUGCUUUGUCCUGCGGCAAACUCUGGAUCACUGAGUAAAAAUCUGCAGACACACUGAGAAGACAUCCAGACAAAAACUCUUUACUCCUUCAUCACAGCAUGAGACCUGAACUGAUGAUCAUCUUCAUCGUCCUCACUGUUUCUCUGUUUGGGAUGGAUAACUCUGAAGUUGGAUUUAAUAAACAUCAACCACCUCACUCUUGGACGUUUGACCUCCACCCCUCAGCUCCUGUUGCCACCGACACGGUGAUCAAAUGGAAGAGAUUAAAUAACAUUUAAUUGCAAACAGGUAGAGAGGACAGAAUAUUAGAGACAGACUCCGAGGUUUGAAGACCACAAUGGAGAUACUUUGAGUGUUUCGGCCUUUGUGUUAUUUUAAAAGGAAAUGAUCUGAGGAGCUAUCAUGGAGCUUAAUUCAGUCGAGCUGCACAGAAAUCACAGAAACACCCUCAAAGUCCAUCUAAACUCCAUGUGAGACCACAUUAGACCCACUGAGCCCAAAGGAGGACGCUGUCUCAGUAAAACAGAUUUACUGAGACCAUCUGAGAGGACAGAAUUGUUCCACAAUCAGUCGUAGAGUGAACCCAUUAACACAAGAGUCUAAUAAAUGUUAUUCUAGAAAUAUCAGCAUUUGUUCGCAAAAAGUCAGGACUUGAUUCUUGAUCUGAUUUAAACCCAUACUUACACUCCGUCAUGCUGUCUGAGGGUCAGACUUGUUCCUGUAUUUGUGGUCAUUGAAAAGAAGAAAAAAACAACACAGCAAUUCGGAGACUGGCAGAUUGAAAAACCUCAAAAACCAUCAGUCUUUAAAACACAAAAAUCCCAUCAUAAAAAAAGACAGUACAUAAAUACUCCCCUCAUAACCCUGCAGGUUUCUGCCCAUGUGUGAAUAAGAGUCCUCAGCUGGACCGCAGAAACCAUCAGGUGUUCAACAAAAGCUUGAACUGUAAAAACACCCAGUGCAGGUGUGAACCAAUCAGCUGUCAGAAUGAACAUUUGUCAGUGUGAUGAUCCUCAGACUGUCCCUGACCCCUGACCUGAUGUAAACCUGUCUGUCUCUCAGCUGUUUAUAAAGCUCUUUAUGUUUGAAUAUUUAAGGCUGUGAUGUACAUACAGACACUGAGCGGUUAACUGAGGAUGAACCUGCCCUCAGAGCUUCACCUGCAGUAACUCGCCUGUGUGACACCUGAACGUGUGCAGAAAUAAAGUUAUUAACCAUCAGUGU